GCGUGCCCCGCGCGCGGCCUGCCCCGCCCCAGCCGAGGCGGGCGGGAGCGAGUGCCACGUCCGUGCGGCCGGGCUCGGUGCGGCCGCCGCCGCCAUGGGCGCCUCGCAGAGCGUGGAGAUCCCCGGGGGGGGCACCGAGGGCUACCACGUCCUGCGGGUUCAAGAAAACUCCCCAGGUCACAGGGCUGGAUUGGAGCCGUUCUUUGAUUUUAUUGUGUCUAUUAAUGGUUCGAGAUUGAAUAAAGACAAUGACACACUCAAGGACCUAUUGAAAGCCAACGUUGAAAAACCUGUAAAAAUGCUGGUGUACAGCAGCAAGACACUGGAACUGAGGGAAACGUCUGUGACCCCCAGCAACAUGUGGGGUGGGCAGGGCCUGCUGGGGGUGAGCAUUCGUUUCUGUAGCUUCGAUGGGGCCAAUGAAAAUGUGUGGCACGUACUGGAAGUGGAACCAAACUCUCCUGCUGCAUUAGCUGGGCUCAGACCUCAUAGUGACUAUAUCAUUGGAGCAGAUACUGUCAUGAACGAGACUGAAGAUCUCUUCUCCCUUAUUGAAACGCAUGAAGCAAAGCCAUUAAAACUGUAUGUAUAUAACACAGACACAGAUAACUGCCGGGAAGUGGUGAUAACUCCAAAUUCUGCCUGGGGUGGAGAAGGCAGCCUAGGGUGUGGCAUUGGCUAUGGGUAUUUGCAUAGGAUACCUACCCGCCCAUUUGAAGAGGGAAAGAAAAUCUCUCUCCCAGGACAGCUGCCCAGUGCAUCUCUCAGCCCUCUCAAAGAUGGCUUUACAGAGGUUCAGCUGUCAUCAGUUAACCCCUCACCGGCAUUACCCCCUGGGCCAGUAGGACUUGAGCAGAGUCUGUCAGGACUUUCUAUUAGCUCACCCUCGACUACUGUCACUAAUGUUCUCAGUACAGCAGGAGUUCCAAGAGUCCCGUUGUUACCACCACAGGUCAGCCAGUCCCUUACCUCUGUGCCACCAGUUAACCCAGCAACAACACUACCUGGUCUGAUGCCAUUACCAGCGGGACUUCCCAACCUGCCUGAUCUGUCCAAACUUAAUUUACCGGCGCCACACAUCGUUCCAGAAAUGGUACAGCCUGGUAUGCCAACCCUUCCUUCUUUGCCGCCUUUGAAUCUAAUGGGAAUAACACCUCCACUGAUGCCACCAAAAUGCGUUCCUCUGCUUCCUUUGGUCACAGAGGUAUCUACAGUGCCUACAGAUUUGCUUCCCACCAUGACUCAAGCUGGAAGCUUUUCUGUUGACCCUGGCACUACUGUAAAUGUAGAACAGACCUCUCCACUCACCUUGGAUAGUGCUACCCCAACUUCUAAGGCGACUAUUGUUGACAGAUCAAGCGAAUCCUCUGCUGUGAAUGAGAAGGCAUCUGGCAUCACAGAUACACAUGCUUCUGAAUCGUAACUCCAGAUCACUCUGUCAGAAUGGCUUGGUAUUUAUUUAGCCAUGGGAUACAUAUUUGAAGAGCAAGCUAUCAUUAAUUUCAUACUAGUUUGUACUUAAUCUUUAGGAGUCCUGUAAAUAAUAUGGAGCUAUAAUGAAAAUAAGGGGAUUUAUAAAGUGUUCUUGGUGGGAGGGAAAGAGUACUUGUACUUAACCAAAAAAAACCCACAAUAAAGAAACAUUCAAGGUGGUCAACAGAAUUCCACUGCCAAACCUGGAUGUGUACGUUUUUAACACAGGCUGAUCGCCUUAGCUAGGCCUCUCCUUGCUUCUAAGUAGCAGUUUUUGCUUCUGAUAGAAAUGGAGCAGUUCCUGCGUGCGACAUUUACAUACCAUAGUUCUUGUCUUUGCAAGUAUCUUGUUACCGCAGUGAGGAUGAGGAUGUUUGGUCUGAGUCGUAAAUUUUAACAGCGCAAACUUCCACCUGAAGAUAUUCCUAUUAGAACUGCUGGGUGACCUGUUAAGUAACAUGUCGGUAUUCAGCUUGUAUACAAAUCUUUAUUUUUAAGCUCUUGAGAGAAGCUCGAGCCAUGUUUUGUGACUGCUGCUGUGUUGCUCCACACACCCACUGUAAAAUGGCAUUCGGAAGGGAAUAACAGGAUCUAUGUUACAUGUAGCACACAAUUUGGCACUUCAUGACGACUGUAAGACAAAUUAAUGGAUUAAGCAAACGUACAGCAAUAAAUUCCUGGAAUUUCA